AUGUUCUUUCAUCGUCUCCGCCACGCAGCAAAGAAUAGAUUCUACAAGUCUAGAAUCGCAGCCAAGCUUCACUUGGUUGCCAAACCAGUCUCUCAAGACUCUUCAGUUACCUCAAAUGAAACUAACGCUGAUGUCUUUUCGACUCAACCAAUUACAACUUCUUCUACCAGUGCUGGUAUUUCUGAUGAUUCUGGUAGGAAGCAAAUCAAGACUACCUGUCCUGCUACACCUUUUGUUAAUCCCUAUGGUGUUGUUAGUGCUACUGCAAAUAAAACCCACGUUAAGGUUGACACCAACGCAAUUCUUGACUCUACUUCUCAUGAGCUGAUAACAGCAACAAACUCUCCAACUACCCGGCCUAUCAUUGCAGGUAAAUUAUUCCGCUCUUAUGCUCAAUAUUAUGAACCUCCACCACCUGUUGUUGUUGAAGCUUCUCCCAUUGUUUUUACUCCAAUGGUUGAUGAACCUUCAAUUCCCCGUUUGGAUCUUAACGCUCUUCCCUUUCCCAACCUUUCCAAUUCCAAUAAGCUCGAUAAUUUAGGUGCCAAUUUAGGUGCUGCUUCUGUCCUGACUUGGGGAACAACAAAAAGGACCAUUCCUACUGACAUCGAUGACAUUUCCUCUAUUCAGACCUUUUCAACUACUUCCUCAUCUCCAGUUGACAACCCAGAAGUUACUGAUGGUGAAGCAGUCAAGUGCACAGACUGUGACGCCAUUGUUGACUCCAAGGUUGGAACUGAAGUGAAUGAAGUUAUUGAGCCACCUCCAAAAAGAGCAACAACAGCACUGGCAACUUCAACCUUGAAAAGGAAUGAUAAUUAUUAUCUUCAAGCUGACGAUGGAAUGGAAAAGGUAGAGGACUUGAUUGAAAGCUGUUUGUCUAUUAUGAACUCCAUUAGUUGUUACUCUGAGUUUGAACAACACCUUAAGUCCAACCCAGACUUGGAAGUGUACUAUUUUGAAGACUUUGAGCAGCUUACUCGAAUAUUGAGUAAGUCUGCGGCUGCCCCCAAAGUUGUCAAGACUAGUACAACUAUCCAGGAAUGGUAUAGGACUUACAUGGAUUUGUACUUGGCAAAUGGUGGAUAUGAGGACCCUAAGUGGAAAAUGGAAAGGAAACAACGUCUACCCAUUCGCAGAUUCAAUUAUAUGGAUGAAUUAGAAGCUCAAAGGAAAAUCGAAGAAGCCAAUUAUGUUGAUGAGUCUGUAGUAGAAGCUCUUGUUGAAGAGCUUUAUCAACGGAUUCCAGAUGCCUUUGAUUUGAUGCUCAAAAUCCCUAACGCUUAUACCCUUGACGUUUGGUUAGACAGAGGAGUAAAAGGUAUCCCUAAUGUUCCAAGAUCUCUUUUCAAUGAAAUAGAGACAUACAACACUGAGUUGAACGACUUGUACAAGAACAGGCGCAUCAAACUCGACCAAAGAUACUCUGCCACAACUGCAUUAACUGAUUCUCAAAAAAUCCUUGACUGGUUCAAGUCGAUAGAAGAGGUUCAAUACUAUGCAACAUUUUUUGGCUUAACAGUCAUAGUUUAA